CCAUCCCCUCUCGGCGGCGGCUGCUCGACUUGCCCCAUUCGCCACCUCGAGCGCAGCGGUAGCAGCGCAAAGACGAGAGCGGUAAGAGCAACGCAGCGCCGACUCCGACGCGAGCAUGGCAAGUCGCCGAGCGCCCUGCACUGCUCGUCCGGCGGCCGUGUUGCUCUCGACUCGGGCGCCGGCAGCGCUGCUCGAGGCGAGGAGCUCGCAGCUGUCGCCGCCGCCCUGCCUCGGCCAUGCGCGGAGCGUAUGAGGGUCGCAAGUCACAGCUAAGCUGCCUCGGAGACAGCACAGGGUGCAGCCUCGGCACACCGCCGAGGCACAGGAACAGCGCCGAGCGCCGGUGCUCGGCAACACGGCGCCCGCCUGCUGCGCUUCUCCACAGCUGGUGCUUCCCCGAUGCCGUCCUGGAGCUGCUUCACCGAUGGUCUCGCUCGCUGCAUCGUCUCUCCUCGCCACCACCUCAUCCUCUCUUUCUUCCUCACCUCCUCCUCGCGAGCCGGCUCUCCCGCUCCUCCACUCCCUGCUGCCCGCUGCUCGCUGUUGGUCUUUCGCCCUCCUCUUCGUCCCUCCCACUCCACCACCCUCUCUCUGAAUCGCUUCUCCCCCGUCUUCGCAUCAGCACGUCCCCCCUCUACUCCGUCCAUGCUCACAACUCGCUCCUAUUCGACCAUCAUCCCACGCUCGUCGGACUACGCCAUGGCCACGACGCCGCCGCCGCGCACCUCGUCGCGCAGCGCACCGAGCAGCGACGACGACAUUGCGGGGCGCCUGCUGGCCUCUGCGCUCUGCACGCCGCCCGUGGCCACGGCCAGCAAGCACGCCUCGGGCUCGACGUGGACGCCGCCGUCCUCGAGCCGUCCGGUGCGUGCCGACUCGGCAGCACAGCUGCAGAGCCCUUCGCCUCUCUCGCCAGAGAAGCGUCGCCGCCAGCCGCCGCACCCGCGCCAGCCGGCAGCCACGUACCACACCGCCCCUCUGCUAUCGCGCCGCAGCACGGCACCGGCCUCGCCUCGCCAGGCAGGUGCGCCAAGCACCGCAACUAGCCUGGAGCACGUCGGCGCCACGCCGCCGGCUCGCGGUCCGCCCGAACGACGCGCGCCGUUCGCCCUGCUGGACAACGCCGUGCCUGCAAGCACGGCCGCACAGAGCGGCGCCAAGCGCCUCGACUUCGUCGACGUCGCCGGCGUCAAUCCAUGGACCAUCGUCUCGAACGUGCGUGACUCGCCGCCCAUGCCCGCGUCGGCCACGCAGUCGCCAAAGCGCAAGCCCGAGACGGAGAACUUCUCCGGCUCCGGCCUCGAGCUGCGCACUCGCGACACGAAGGAUGCGCGCCUGAGCGGUGCUACGCUCAAGACGGACGAGGAGCUGGGCCAGACGACGCGCUGGAGCAGCGAGGUGCGGACGAUGCUUGGUCUGGGCCUAGCGCCUGCAUUCGAGACGGAGGAAGCACAGGAAGGCGCGGUCAUUCGCCGUGCACCUGUGCCCAAGGCCACUCGUUCCGCGCCAUCGACACGCCGUCGAGUAGGCGGCACGGUGCUGCGCCAGCCGCCCGCUGCGGGCACGCUGCGCCGCACGGGCAGCCCAAAAACGCCGCCCGCUCCCCUGCCGCUCGCUGCUCAUGCGGCAGGCAUGGCCGGCCUUGGCCUCGGCAUUGCCGGUGUCGAGUCAAUGGGUCAGACUGUCGCAGCUCCGUCGUCGCCCAAGGAGGUCGACUCGCCGAGCAGUGCAAGCUCGGUGCCCAGCAUCAUCAUCACGCCGCCGGCCGUCAUUGCUGCGCAGAGCAUGAUUCGCUCGACUAGCGACCUGCUGGUGCCUCAAGCCCGUCCCUACGCCGGCGCCGUCCUGUCCUUCGCCGAGCCCGCCGCAAGCAUCGCGCUCGCGCCGAUCGACACGCAGCUGGUCUCCGAGCACGGCGGCACUUCGAACCGCUCCGACUCGUCGAUGACGUCCUUCUCGCCGCUGGCCUGGUUCAGCCCGCCCGUCAGCCCCACUGACAUGGGCGAUAAGUCUGCUGCGCUCAUUCAGUUCCCCACGCCGCCGACGUCGCCUUCGCUGCGUGCACAGCGCAUGCGCGAGACGGACGACGCGGCGGCGUUCGACGUGCUGGCGGCACGCCUCGACGACAUGCUGUCCGCGUUCUUUUACUGCUACUCGACGAGCCAGUCGCACCUGCUCUGCCGGCAGUUCGUCGCCGAGAUCCGCGAUGCCCUGACGCCCUCCAUGGACCCCGCUUCGGCGCGCCAGGUGCCGAGCCUCGUCCGCACGCGCUGGGUCGGCGAGGGCGAUGCGCGAGAAUGGAUCGCGCCGGAGUGGUGCAGCAAGUGGCACGCCCAGGCCGUCGAGCAGAUCAUGGAGCACAUUGUCUCGGGCAUCAUGGCGCUGCUCGCCGACGCACGCGCGCCGGACACUACAUCCGAGAGCAUGGCUCGCCUCUGCCUCUACCUGCGCAACGAGCUGCGCAGCAUCGACUCGACGCCCGAAGUCUCGUUCCAUCCCGCUGCGAUGAGCGAGCUCUACACCAACGGUCUUGCAGCAAGCCCGGUGCUCUCCGGCGAGCGUGACGCGCCGCCACACAUGGAUCUCGAAGCGCACGGCGGCUCGGCGCUCGCAUACAUCGACACGCCGAGCUUCUGGGGUCCCGACCUCGCCGAUCAGCCGACGGAUCUCGCACAGCCAGCGACAGUCUUGACGGCGCAGCUCUUCCGUACGCUCGAUGCGCUGCUCGAGCGCGGCGCCGCGGUGCGAGAGCGCGCGAACCACCUCACUGUGCCGUCGCUGCGCCGCGGCAGCAAGAAGCGCUUCUCCGCUGCCACGGCACACGUCGACGCGGCGCGCCGAGCGCGCGACAACAACCUCAAGCUCGCCACCAAGGGCGAGAUCUCCGAGGAUGAGUUCCGCAGCCGUGAGCGCCAGCAGGCGGCCGUCGGCAGCAAGAAGGACAGCUUUGCCGACAUCAAGACUGUGCGCUUCAUCGGCGAUCUGUACCGGCACUCGAUGCUCGACAUUGCCGUCGUGCAGGACUGGCUUGACCGCCUGCUCUUCGAGACCGUCUUCCCUGGCGUGCCUUCGGCGUACGAGCUCGAAGCCGGCUGUGCGCUGCUCCUCACCGUCGGCUCCACGCUCGAGACGGCCAGCUUCAACGAGGCGCGCGGCGCCUCGCCCGCCAGCAGCCGUCGGCGCAGCAGUGCCGAUGGCAGUCUGGAUGGCUCGACGUGCAGCUCUGCCGAGUCCGACUCGCCGCGCACGCCACCGCGCGAGAGCGGCGAGUCGAGGCAGCCGCAGCACAAGCAGCUCGGCGCUGCCUUCUUCGGCGCCACUGGCGUCGUGCUGCUCGCCAACAAGGCGCCCGCCAACCACUGGAUCAAUCACAGUCCCGAGACGACGCUGCGCUACCACCACUCGCGCCGCAACUCGGUCUGGCGCGCCACGGCCUCGCCGUCGGCGAGCGAGAGCGGCAGUGACUCGCCGGGCUCGGUGGGCUCGCCGCCGCCUGCUGCGCCGGAGGGAUCGGCACAGGCGACGCUCGAUGCCACCAUGCUGCGCCUGCGCGAGGUGCUCGACAUUCCCGAGAUCAGCGUGCCGACCAAGGACUGGUGUCGCGAGGUCAUUGCCUACAAGGCGCGCGGCUGGCGCAAGCCCGUGUCCAUCAAGCUCAAGUCUCCUCCACGCAUCGCAGAGACGCGCAGCAUGCCUGGCGUCAGCCUUGCGUGAACGUCUCCGAAGGUUCCGCCUCCUCUCUUGCAACAUCGCAACUGUCUUUCGCCGUCCGCUCACACCACACAACCGCAUCGUCUCGUCGGCGCCGACACCCUUGCGCCCCCGCACAUCACACUGUCGCUUCUCCAUCUGUAGCUGUAUCCUUAGUGCCACCUGUACCGUCUCUCCGGCCUCACGCCUCGCCAUCUCUCUGGCGGGCCAUCACCAUCACCAUCGAGCUCCACACUCAGCAAUGUUUCGCAAGUAAUAGCAAACGACCCGUUCUCCGUG